AUGGCCACAGAACCGAUCAUCCCAUUGCCGCCUCGCGAGCUCGAAGAGAUCCAGAUCAUCGACAAUUCGCUCUCCUUCCCGACCUUUACAUCGCACACCGCAUGGGCACUAGGGUCACUUCUACGAACCAAGCUGCUCGCCUUUUCGAAACCGGUCGUUAUCGACAUCAGCCUGGCGAACAACAACCACUGCUUGUUCCAUGCUACUACGCACUCUGGAACCGCUCCUGACAAUGACUUCUGGGUAGCGCGCAAAAGGAAUACAGUCUUGCGAUUUGGCAGUUCGACAUGGUACAUGCACAACAAGUUCAAGGGAGACGAGGAGGCUUUCGCAGCGAAGUUUGCUCUUGGUCACAGAGCUGGAGAGUAUGCGAUCCACGGCGGAGGGUUCCCAAUCAGGGUGCAGGGCGUGGAGGGUGUUGUCGCUGUGGUUGUGGUAUCUGGAUUGAAGCAAGAGCAAGACCACGGCAUUAUUGUGCAAGCGGUUCAGGAAUACUUGGAGGAGCUAGGCAUUGAGAUGGGUGAAAAGAAAAAGGAAGACUGA